AUGUAAAAAUGUAAAAGUCUAUCAGUCAUACUAACUCGACGCGCAAUGUGAAAGUGGCAGAGACAACAAAGUCCACGUCAACACGGUGAACGAGUGAAGGCGGCCAUGGUCCGUGUUGUGUUUGCAUACAACGAACGGAUGUUGUGGCAGUGGAUGUCAGCUGAUCCAGCAAUGUUUACAUUCGGUUUACCGCAGCUUGUCAGUGGAGCCAAAAGCCAGGCAGGCAGCCUUGGAAGCACCCCCACCAGGCUACCAGGAGGACAGCAACGCCCCCUUCAAAAUCUUGCCCCGCUACACUCAGCUCCAAGCCUCACCACAUCAACACUCCGAAAAACCCCCCCGCGCAUUACGUUGCCAGGCAGCGACGCCCGUCUACGUUUGCGACCCCACUACCACGCCCACUAUCCCACACCGUCAACACUCGCCGCUGACGACACCAAACAGUCUCCUGAUAAAGCGCUGCCUUGCCCACCCCUCCUGAAACCCACUCUCCUCUUUGAAAUUCGAUCAUCACCAUGUGUCUCCGUCGCCCCCGAGUGCAUCAGCGCAUUCAACGAGCUCAAGCUCGGCAAGGAUAUCAAAUACAUCAUCUACAAGAUUAGCGAUGACUGGAAAGAAAUCGUAGUCGAGGAGACAUCCAAGGAUGGCGACUGGACAUCGUUCCGCGAGAAGCUCAUCAACGCCAAGUCCAAGGACCGCCGCGGCAAGGAGGGCAUUGGCGGCCGUUACGCCGUCUUCGAUUUCACCUACGAGAGCGGCGAGGGUCCUAGGAGCAAGAUCACCUUCAUCAGCUGGUGCCCCGAUGAUGCGCCUCAAUACCCCCGCAUGAUGUACUCCUCCUCCAAGGAGGCCAUCAAGCGCGCCCUCAACGGUCUCGCUGCCGACAUUCAAGCCAACGACGCCGACGACAUCGAGUGGGACAGCAUCCUCAACCGUGUCUCCAAGGGCCGUUAA